UGAACAGGGUGACACACUUCUGCUUCCGGGUUAUUUUACUGAACUAGAAAUUUUCUUCAGUAAAUAAAGGCCUUUCUAUCAAGCUCCGAGUUUUAUCUCUGGUCAAAUAUAGCCAUUAAGAUAUCCAAACAUAUACUAUAAAAACCUUUAUGGUCACCAUUCUCUACCCCUAACGUUCCCAUGGCAACAACAUCACAUCCUAACAACGUCACUACUGUGAGUGUUCACUCCAUUGUCCACGGAACAUGCUGUUGAGGAGACCAUCAUCCCUUUAAUAAACGGAGAUCAAAUGGACCGAAGUCUGAAGAGACGGCAGGUGAAGCCUCUUGCUGCCUCUCUCUUAGAUGCCUUGGACUAUGACAGCUCUGAUGACAGUGACUUUGAAGUGGAAGACGCAUCAGGAUCAGAUGGCACAGGCAAUGGCAGUGACGAAGAAGGAUCCAAGGCGAGUGCUGCAGGCUCAGAAAGUGACUCAGAACAUGCCGUUUCUGGAAAUGAUGGUAUAGAUGGGGAGGCCAAAGACCAGGCUGUUGAUGACAACUUAACGGAAGAUGAGGAGAAGCUUAAACAGCAGCUGUCCUCAGACAGCCCCACCAAAGACAUCCCGUCUGUCACUCCAGCUAAAGGUAGAAGGAAGAGCAAGAAGACUACAGAGCCAGUCAGCACUGCUGCCGGUGAAACUGAAUCUACCUCAACAUCUGCUGGUGGCAUUGUCAAUGUUGAGGAGUCUUUGACUGAGCCAAAGAAAUGGAAUUUCCGCAGGAAUCGCCCCCUGCUGGACUUCACUACCAUGGAAGAAUUGAAUGAGAUAGAUGACUAUGACAGUGAAGAUGAUAAUGACUGGAGGCCCACAGCGGAGAAGAAAAAAGGUAAAACAUCAACUCAGAAAGGUGGAACAGAGGAAGAGGACGGAGCUAGUGUUAGUGAAGACGACGACGACGAUGAUAAUGACGAUGAUGAUGACGACGAUGAUGAUGAAGAUGAUGAGGGCAAGGACGAUGGGGUUGACAUUAACAACAGUAGCAGUGAUAGUGAAAAAGAGAUGAAGAAGCCCAAGAAGAAAGUGAAGAGCAGCAAUGCUUUUGAUGAUGAAUUGACCAACGAUAGUAUGUCUCAAGGAAAGGGCAAUGAGGAUGCUUCACUUGACCGCUCCCAGACCUGGAACACUCAGCACAUCCUUAUAUGCUGUGUUUGCUUGGGAGACAACAGUGAGGACGCAGAUGAGAUCAUCCAGUGUGACAACUGCGGGGUCACUGUGCAUGAAGGGUGUUACGGUGUGGACGGUGAAAGCGACUCAAUCAUGAGCUCUGCCUCGGAGAACUCCACAGAGCCUUGGUUCUGUGACGCCUGCAAGAAUGGAGUGACUCCUAGCUGUGAGCUUUGCCCCAACCAGGAUGGCAUCUUCAAAGAGACAGAUGCUGGGAGGUGGGUGCAUGUGGUUUGUGCACUUUAUGUCCCUGGAGUAGCAUUUGGAGACAUCGAUAAACUGCGACCAGUGACGCUUACUGAGAUGAAUUAUUCAAAAUAUGGAGCUAAGGAAUGCAGUUUCUGUGAGGACGCCCGCUUUGCCAGGACUGGUGUGUGCAUCAGCUGUGAUGCAGGAAUGUGUCGAUCCUACUUCCAUGUUACCUGUGCACAGAGAGAGGGACUUCUGUCCGAGGCUGCAGCAGAAGAGGAUAUUGCUGAUCCAUUUUUUGCGUACUGCAAACAGCAUGCAGAUCGCUUUGACAGGAAGUGGAAAAGGAAGAAUUAUUUGGCUUUGCAGUCAUAUUGCAAGGUCUCUCUGCAGGAGAGAGAGAAACAGCUUACUCCUGAGGCUCAGGCCCGGAUCACCACCCGCCUGCAGCAGUACCGUGCCAAAGCCGAGUUGUCUCGGAACACUCGGCCUCAGGCGUGGGUGCCCCGAGAAAAACUACCCCGACCUCUGACCUCCAGCGCCUCAGCCAUCAGGAAGUUGAUGAGAAAGGCAGAACUGAUGGGGAUCAGCACUGACAUUUUCCCUGUGGACACAUCCGACGCCAACGCCAGCAUGGACGGACGCAGGAAGCACAAGCAGCCUGCCCUCACAGCGGACUUCGUCAACUACUACCUGGAGCGGAACAUGCGAAUGAUCCAGAUCCAGGACAACAUCUCUGAGCAGAAGAACUUGAAAGACAAACUGGAAAGUGAGCAAGAAAAACUGCAUGUGGAGUACAACAAGCUCUGCGAGUUUCUGGAGGAGCUCCUGAAUGUGAAUGGAACCCUGCGGAGUGAAGGCCAGGCUAUGUGGACUCUGCUGGGGGGCAUCGUGGGCCAGAAACUGAACACUCCGGCAAUUCUGAAAGCUCCAAAGGAGAGGAAGCCCAGCAAGAAAGAGGGAGGAACACCGGGGAAGGCCUCAAGCCUUCCAGCAAUUCUUUACAGCUGUGGGAUCUGUAAGAAGAACCAGGACCAACAUCUGCUGGUUCUGUGUGACACGUGCAAACUCUACUAUCACCUGGGCUGCCUGGAGCCUCCACUGACCCGCAUGCCCAAGAAGACAAAGAAUAGCUACUGGCAAUGCUCUGAGUGUGACCAGGCCAGCAGUGACGAAGCUGACAUUGCCAUGGAGACGCUGCCUGAUGGCACCAAGAGGUCUCGAAGACAGAUCAAAGGGCCAAUCAAGUUCAUCCCACAGGAGAUGUCUCCAGAACCCAAGAAACAACAAGUGAGAGGCACGAGAACCAGGGGGCAGAAGAGAAAGAGAGUUCCUAUGGCUGAAGAAAGAGAAGAGAAAGUUGAGGAACCACUGCCACGGGAACGCAGACAACGCCAAUCUGCAGUGCAGAAAAAACCCAAAGCGGAUGACACAAGAACUGAGUGUACAACUUGCAAAGGACCAGGCGACAACGAAAACCUAGUGAGGUUGUGAGAGCCGGGGCAGCCACCUCACCUCCCAUAAAAUGUCGGGACUGAUGACCCUUGGCUUAGAGACAGAGAGGCAAAUUGAGGCUCGAAUCAGAAUGAAGAACGACACCUUCACAUCGCUUCGCAACCACGUCUGAACCAAACUGGACCAGCAGCUGUCCAACAAAAAAUUUACCUGAACUGUUUGAUUCUGAAACAUGGAAAAUUAACUGCUGAAGUGAAUUUUCAUUCUUUGGGUGGUUUGGGGCCUUUAAUAGUUUGUAUAUACUGACCGUGUCUUAUUGGAUGAUUGUGUGCUUCAGUGGUUAGUUUCUUCAGUACCAUAUUUGUUCAUGUAAGGAAAGGAUUUUCUGUUCCUAUAAUCAAUUGAAUUUACAAGUGAAAACAGACAGGAAAAUGUCAGUUAUUUUAUAGAACAUAUUAUUUUAUUAUUACAGUUAUUCAUUUACCCACUGGUGCUAUUUAUUUAUUUACAGCUUCACCCCAGAGUAUUUAGUUGCUGCUUUCAUCGUAAAGAAACAACAGCACGAGUUAUUUAAGCAGCUCAGCGUAGUCUCCAGCUGCUGAAGCCCAUUUUCAGCAGCCCAGUCCCCUCUAUGCCUCGACCUCAUCCUCAAACUGAUUGUCUUUUGUUCUGCGUUUUUUGACUGUCUGACCUUCUAAUCAGUUCUAAUCACUAUUAUUGAUUGGACUCAGAUGCCAAUCACCUGUAGCAACUUGGCAUGAGUAAUUAGACAACUUCAGGCCAGGCUUUCAGAGAUCCUUGUAUUGUGAUUUUGUUUUGUGUAUGUUGAGUAUCAGAAGUACCAAGAAAAGAAAUCUGUUUCUGGUCUGUCUUGUAAAGCACUGAAAUAAUGCUGCUGAAGCAUUUGUAAUGGAAGCAGACCCGUUGUAGUUAGCUGUAGUAGCGCUUCUAUAUUAGUCUGAAUAUGUUUAGAGUGCUGAAACAUGGAGAAGUCUUCCAGUGUCUCAAUAUGUUGAAGUGACAGUUAAACUGACACAUCCUCAAAAAUAUGGCGGGCUCUGUGUCCAUGGCCCUACUGGGCCACAGUGCUGCUCGCCGUCCUGUCAGAACUCAUGACAAGUGUCACAUCUUGGCCUCACAUGUCACUCUGUUGCCCAUUGAGGACCCAUAUAUGAAUGCUUUAGGGAGCAGUAAGACCAACCCAGUUUGCUGAGGUGCUUUCCCCUCUGCCAGCUUUUUACCAGUCGUUUCACUUUCAGUUCUAAAGUGCAUGGGGAUGUAUUUGCAUAGAUUAGGUAAAUAUUAUACACUUCCUAACUAAAUGAUGUGGUCUUACAGAAAUCAGAAUGCUAGGUAGUGUGAUGAUGUGUAUAGUAUUUAUUGAAGAGGCCUGACAGGUUUUUUUUGUUUUGUGCCUGUGUAGCUUAUUAUAUGUUGAUCAUAUCUUGUGUUGUAAAAUCUGGUGUGACGUAGCCGUGAGACAGCUGUAUUCUAUCUGCCAAACAUUUUGUUUACAACGAUGCUUUUUAGGGAACGCUUCUAAUUUUUGAUGUACUGUAAAAUGAAGUAAGAAUGUGAAUGUUGCUUCUGUUGUCUGUGUGAAGUAUCUCAGCUUCUGGCGUUUAGCUCUUGGAAAUUAAGUGGAGCUUUAAUAAACUCUUGAUUUUUUUCACCUUA